UAACAGGAUCGUGUACUGAUCAAUAAUUGUACUUGUAAAUAUAAAAUCGGGAAUAGUUAUCAUUGUUUAAAAUAAAAUUAUAAAUUACCUCGCUAGAUUUAAGCCAUGAAAAUGUUUUCAUUGGUAAUAGGAUCGCUAUUAACCAUGUACCAAAUUGGCAGUUCAACUGGAUUUUCAAUGUGCCUGCUUAAUACCAUCGGAAUAAAUUGCAAAAAUAUGACCCACGAUGAACAACAAGACGCGCUAAUCGAGAAUUUACUAACAAGAGUAAAGAAUAGGGCAAACGACCUAGUUCCCAUAGGGUUUAUAUACACUCAACAUCCCGAUCAAGCUGAGCCUGGUGAACUAUGGCCUGGAUACACGUGGGCGGAUGUCACUGGUCAGUACGCGGGGCUAUUUUUCCGGGCUGAGGGCGGUAGUAGCCUACCAUUUAAUGGCGGUGCUCAGGGGGAAGAUGCACCUAGUGUGGAUGAGCCAUAUUGGGUCGAGUAUUUCAAAGUUAAGGUAUCCGGCGGUGAGGUUAGGCCUAAAAACCAAGCGAUUCGUAUUUGGGAACGUGUUAAAUAA